UCAUUUAUAGAUUAUAGUACCUUGGCUUGAAGAGUAAGAAAACUCCGACUCCGAGACUUAUAUAAAACGAAAACCUUCGUUGUUGAAGAAGAAAGAAGAGAGAGCAAACAACGUGAAUAUAAAGGAGAGGAACCGUUUAUUCCUUUGCUUCUUCAAAGAUGUUCAGAAAUCAGUACGAUACAGACGUCACGACAUGGAGUCCAGCAGGUCGACUUUUUCAGGUGGAGUAUGCAAUGGAGGCCGUGAAACAAGGCUCGGCCGCAAUUGGUCUCCGAUCGAAGACUCAUGCCGUUCUGGCAAGCGUUAACAAAGCCAAUUCGGAGCUUUCGUCGCACCAGAAGAAGAUUUUCAAGAUCGACGAUCACAUUGGCAUCGCUAUUGCCGGCCUCACCGCCGAUGGUAGAGUCCUCUCGAGAUAUCUCAGAUCCGAAUGCAUCAAUUACAGCUUCACUUACGAGUCUCCUCUUCCGGUUGGGAGACUCGUAGUUCAGCUAGCCGACAAGGCGCAGGUUUGCACACAACGGUCCUGGAAACGGCCUUAUGGUGUGGGUUUACUGGUUGCUGGCUUGGAUGAGUCUGGAGCUCACCUUUAUUAUAAUUGUCCAAGUGGCAAUUACUUUGAGUAUCAGGCUUUUGCUAUUGGCUCUCGUUCACAGGCUGCAAAGACUUACCUGGAGCGCAAGUUUGAGACUUUCAUGGACUCAUCCAGGGAAGAACUGAUAAAAGAUGCACUCUUUGCAAUCAAGGAGACCUUACAAGGCGAGAAGCUGACCAACUCAAUCUGUACUGUUGCUGUGGUUGGAGUGGGGGAGCCAUUCCACGUCAUGGAUCAGAAAACUGUACAGGAAGUGAUCGACUCAUUAGAGAUUACGGAAGAGCGUGCUGACCAGGGUGCAGCGAUGCAGGAAGAUAGGAGCCCAGAAACUGCCCCAAUGGAUAUCUGAUGAUGGGAGAGACAGCAGCAGACUUGUGUCCCCAGCCUGUUAUAGAAGGGAGCUAGGGUAGUUCUGCGAAAUGGAACAAGGGAAUCGGGUGGUGCCAACAAUUUUUUUUUUUUUUUUUGUUUUUUUAAUUACCAUGGAGCUCAUUAGCAUUCGACGUCAUCACUCAGAGGAAGAAAACAUACUUUUUUUUUUCUUUUAUGUUGGAUCCAUGUUAAGGUUAUUCUGUUGCAUGCUUGGGUUAAUUUCCUAUUUCAGUUUGCUAUAUGGAACGCCUUGCCUUGAGAAACAGACAAAUUAUGCACAUGAACCUCGCUAAAGAAUUUCUUUCAAAAGC